AUGACCUCAAACAACCUCUCCCGCUGCUGUACCCUUGGCUCCCUGCACGACGGGGAGGCCAAGGGCGAAAUCGAAAAUAUUGACACCAUCUCGACCUACUUCGCGUACCCGGCCGACAGGUCCACAGAAAAUGCUAUCCUGAUUCUCACGGAUGUCAUCGGUCACCGCUUCAUCAACACCCAGCUGAUUGCCGAUCAGUUCGCGGCGGCCGGAUAUUUCGUCGUAAUGCCAGACCUCUUUUCAGGCGACGCGGUGCCUCUGAACCGUCCCGAAGGCUUCAGCAUCAUGGACUGGCUGAAGAACCACCUUCCUGCGCAGACGGAGCCUAUCAUUGACGCCGUCUUAAAAGAGAUGCGCGAGAACUUGGGCUGUAAGCGCAUCGGGGGCGUCGGCUACUGCUUCGGCGGUAAGUACGUCUGCCGGUACCUGAAGCCGGGAAAAUUAGAUGCCGGUUACACAGCCCAUCCCUCGCUGGUGGAGGCCGACGAGUUGCGCGGCGUGGAGGGCCCACUUAGCAUUGCAGCUGCAGUCCGUGACUUUGUCUUUACAACGGCCAAGCGCCACGAAAGCGAAGAGAUCUUGGACAAGAAGGAGAUCCCGUACCAGAUCAAUAUGUUCUCGGACGUCGAGCAUGGCUUCGCUGUGCGAUGUGAUCUGUCUAAGCCACGGCAGAAAUACGCUAAGGAGCAAGCAUUCACACAGGCGGUGUCCUGGUUCGAUGAAUACGUCAAGAAGCAGUAA